GUACGGUGACGUGAAAUAGCGGCGAAGAAGAGGAGGGACCCUGAGAGAGCAGAUCCACAGAGCAGCUCUGAGCAGGCCGAUCCGGAAAAAAGUCAUAGUUCUGCUUUAUAUUAUUGUUCUUCAUCUCAUUAUGUUUUAAUCGCAGUUUCUGAGCGUGUGAAAUGGCGCUGGAGUGGCGAGAGGCGGUGGAGCGGAUGGACGUGUACCUCAGAGAGCUGCUCUCCUCCGGCCUGCUCCUCCUGCACGCGGAACUCGGAGUGGAUCUGGGGCUGAAAGCGGAGCUGCUUCCGCCGGGGCUCCUCACCUGUGUGGCGGCGGGACUCGGCCUCCUGCUCGCCCUGCUCCUCUGCUUCUCCGUCUGCCGGUGCUUCUCUAAAAAAGCCACCGAGAAAGUCGCACCUGAGGCGGGGAAGACCUCCAAACCCAAAUCCGAGGAGGUGAAGAAGAGGAGCAGAAAGAGAGGAGGAGAUAAGAAAGUCCAGAGGAACGGCCUGGCUGUGGACCUGGAGGAGGAUCUGAAGCUGGCGGAGGCACAGAACCAGAGCGAGAGUCCAGACCUAGCAGGGGGUAAAAGUGAUAAGGGAAAGAAGAACAAGAAGAAGGCAAAAGCAGCAGUGAAGGAUACAACGUCUACGUCCGAGCGCAGAGAGCCUGAGGAAGUAGGAAACUGGGAGACUAAAGUGAGUCAGCGAGAGAAGCGACAGCAGCGGAGGAAGGAUAAAGGAGCAGGAGAUGAAUCAGGCAGUCCUGGAGGAACGGAGUUCAGCGCCAACUCUGCAAACGCAGAAAACACACCUGCUGUGGAGGAACCGAAAAUCAUCAGUACACCAUCUGUAACCACCACCUCCAACAACACAACCAAGACCACAUCCAACACCAAGACCAAGACCUCCAACAUUAUCACCACCACCUCCAACACCACCAAGACUUUCAACACCACCAUCACCACCACCUCCAGCACCACCAAGACCUCCAACUCCAACACCACUAACACCAAGGCCUCCAACACCAACACCACCAACACCAAGACCUCUGCCAAAAACACCAAGACCACCACCACCACCACCACUCCUGCACCUAAAGCUCAGAAGAACGGUCAGAGAAGCCAGCAGGUGGUGGCACCAGUAGAACACGAACCGUCUGUAGCUGAAGUGACCCGGGCUGUCAUUCCACCAGUGUCUCAUGCGUGGGAUGUGAUGGGCGUGAACGGAUCAGGAUCCUGGGAUCUGGGCAUGUCGGUUCCUCCUCACACUCAGACGUGGAACAGCGUGAAGUCUGAAGCAUCCGUCUGGCCUCAGGACAUGGAGGGCUCGUGGAUGAUCGUGGAUGGCUCUCACAUCCCCGUCUCUCUCCACGGAAUAACUGCAGGUGUAGGUGUAGGUGUAGGUGUUGAAGCGCAGGUUGUUCCUGAGCAAUCCUGGGUGUGUCCAGCUCCUGUGGAUGAUGAGUGGUCUGGACCCAACAGCGGUUCUGCAGAUCCAGCCUCAGAUUACUGCGCCCCGUGUGAGGAGUGGGGGAAUUACGAGGAGCCAGCAGGUGGCGCUGUUUCUCAUGAAGAACCUCAGGACUCGGAUCCGGAAAAGGACAAAGACGAACCUGCUGCGGCUCCGGGAAGCGGCAAGGCCAAGAAGAAGAAGAAGAAAAAGAAGAAAGGGGAGGAGGCUGGAAGUGCUGCUCAGGUGGAAGUGGGCGUGGCUAAAGACCAGAACACUGCAGGGAACAUGGUGCCUAAAAACACAAAAGAGCAGGAACUCAUGGCUCCCCCUCGAGUCCUGCUGAAACCCGCUGAACCCGAGGCUCCACCCAAAAGCACAGCUCCACCCCCUCAGAAGAAACCCGAGGAGAGCUGGGAGUCCCAGAAACAGGUGAAGAAGAAGAAGGCACGGAGAGAAACAUGAGCACGAGUUCGGAUAUCGGGAAGAAACUUCGGAACAAACGUCCAGGAUUUCAGAGGGACUGCGAGUCGUGCUUCAGGUGGAUUAGCGCGCUAACAUGAGCGUGCAUCUCCGUGCGUUUGGACGGCACACAGUGUAACAUCUCAGUGCUGUGGGUGUGAUGAUCCUCAGACACGUGCUGAUCUUCUGUUCAUCUCACAAACUUCGACAUUUUAUCACAAUAAACAUUAACAUCAGGAUCGUCAUGUCAGAGAUGAUGUUCUUCCAAAUUAAAACUAAAGCUAAAUUAUCUUCCAUGCUAAAUCUGGUGAUGUUCACUGAUCAGCACGCGCCUGAUGUUCACGUCAACAAAGUGUUUUUUCCCUUUUUUGAGCGGUGUAGGCUAAUUUAUAAUUCUCUAGUGAAUCUGACGAGAGCUUCUUUUGUUUCGUUUUUUUUGAAAAAAGAAAAUUUCAGGAAAAAUAAAAUGUCCACACUGUC